AUGAGCAGGAUGGAAAAAGAUGAGUUUUCUGCCCCUCUUGGCUUUUCUGAGCCCUGGGAGGAGGUCACAGGAGAUCACUACAGCCCGAUCGGGCUGCAAGAACCCGUGAAAAGUUCAGAGCUAUUACCAGUGACAAUCCUGUUCAUAGGGGAAUUUAGAAGAAUCAGACUGAAUGUAACUGAUCGAUCACCAAAUCAGUCUUGGAAGUUGGAUGGCCCGAACAGCUUCCACUACAGCUUUUUGCAUGAAAUCAAAGGCGGAAGAGAAAAUCAAAUUUCAUAUUUGAAAAUAUCAAAACUAGCGUUGGCUUUUGCAAUUAUCCACUCAAAACCACCAGGGAAGAGUUCCAAAGAAUACACAGAGUACCUUGCCAGAACUGUAUCUGAACAAGAUUUUGGAUGGAAAUGGAAAGUGGAAGUGCUGGAAGCUGAAGUUCUUCGAUUACGACAGGAACUUCUUUUGAACAGGAUCUCUCCAAGAUUCUGCUUGGAAAAUAGAAAACAGGAUACCUCUGCUGAAACUCUUCUGGGUCGGGAAUCUGUAAACCCUACAAGUUACUCAAGCCAGCUGGAAGACUCUGGAUGUGACGUCUGUAAUGACUCUCCAUUUGAUUCUUUAGGCAUAGCUUCAGAUUUUCACCAAUCUGAGCAUAAUGUCAACACUUCUAAACAUUGGUUGGAAAGAGUUCCCCCACUAAAUCUUCGCCAUGUUAGCAAGGAGCAAUCUCUGUCUGCUCCAGUGCAUUUUUUGCAACGUUUGCUUGAAAUAAGAAAACUGUCAGAAGGAGGAAUUCUUCAAGCAGACUUCUCGGAGCUUGAGAAUGAUUCUUUUACCAUAUGCAGUUCAGUGUCUCAGUUGCUUGAUGGACUGACUUUUUUUUACAACAGUCCUAAAUUCCCAGCUCCAGGUUUCCUUACUGAAGGAGUUUGUGUUUUGCUCAGUUUAAUAACUGAUAGUAAAUUAUCAAAUCAUGUUUUGAAGAAAUGUUUCAAGAAGAUAGAAGAAUUUAAGAAAAAUCUAAUUGAAAUUAUUUUAAGAAAUAGGAGUGUCAAUAGGUUUCAGGCACUGCAUUCUGUAUCACAAACGCUGGGUUUGAUAGGAAGGAACAGCAUACUAAGGAAUUCUUUAAUAUCCCUUCUCCUAUCGGGAGUCCGUCAGUUUGCUGAGCAGUUGUUGCAGGCACACCAGGUCCAGUCUGUGUAUGACAUCACCCAGUAUGAGAACAUUUGUCUUUUGUGCAUGAUUCUGGAACAACUUCUUCAAAAUGAGACAGAAGAAAGUAACAUUUCAAGCUCAGACUAUGGAGGAGAAGAAAAAAUCAAAUUUUUGAAGAACCUUGAUCAAGUUAUUCUUCAUCUCUCCGAUGAAUUCCCUUUGUUUUCUUUAUAUUUGUGGAGAGUGAGUGUUCUUUUGAACUCAGGUCAAAUGCAAAUUGAUUAAAACAAGCAGCUUACUUUUUAACCAUGCAUUCGUUGUGGGAUUGCAUUGGAAAAUUUUCGAGCCAGACAGUGAUAUUGUCAUUAUUGAAAAACACUUACUUUAAACUAC